AUGUUAAGAGGAAGAGUAAAACAUUUACUACACUGCACAUUUUUCAUAUUAUUUAUAUUCAAUUUUCUUGUAUUUGCUGGAGCUAUACGUUUAGAUGACAAAGAGAAGGAAAGUUUUGAUCCUCUGGAGAGAUAUGGGGUGCAUGGAGCAAUCAUUUUAUACCUAUUGAGACUUUUUACCCUCUUAACAAUACCUCAAGUCCUGUGCAAUUUUGCAGGAUUGACAUUAUUCAAUGCUUUUCCUGGAAAUGUCAAACUUAAAGGUUCUCCAUUGCUUGCACCUUUCAUCUGUAUCAGGAUUGUGACUCGAGGAGACUUUCCAAAAUUAGUAAGAGAUAAUGUAACUAGAAAUAUGAACACAUGCAUUGAUGUGGGGAUGGAAAAUUUCAUGAUUGAAGUUGUGACUGACAAAGCAAUUAAUUUACCAAAGCACAGAAGAGUUAGAGAAGUGGUUGUGCCAGCCGAAUAUAAGACUAAAUCAGGUGCUUUAUUUAAAUCAAGAGCAUUGCAGUAUUGUUUGGAAGACAAUGUUAAUAUACUCGCUGAAAAUGAUUGGAUUGUGCAUUUAGAUGAAGAAACACUGUUGACUGAUAAUUGUGUGAGGGGUAUACUUAACUUUGUGCUGGAUGGCCAACAUCAGUUUGGUCAAGGACUGAUCACAUAUGCUAAUGAACACAUUGUAAACUGGCUGACUACACUAGCUGAUAGUUUCCGCGUUGCUGAUGAUAUGGGAAAGCUAAGGCUACAAUUCUACUUGUUCCACAAGCCACUCUUCAGUUGGAAAGGUUCAUAUGUUGUAACACAAGUAAGUGCUGAAAAGAAGGUGUCUUUUGACAAUGGACUUGAUGGAUCAGUAGCAGAAGACUGUUAUUUUGCUAUGAAAGCCUAUAAAGAAGGCUAUACUUUUAACUUUAUUGAAGGAGAAAUGUGGGAAAAGUCACCAUUUUCACUGUGGGAUUUCAUGCAACAAAGAAAGAGAUGGAUUCAAGGAAUACUUUUAGUAGUACAUUCUAAAGAAAUUCCUCUGUUACAUAAAAUCUUUCUGGCAGUAUCCUGUUACUCUUGGGUGACCUUGCCUCUAUCAACCAGCAAUGUUUUCUUAGCAGCUGUGUGUCCUAUACCUUGUCCACAGGUUUUGGACAUAAUAUGCGGGUUUAUAGGUGCUGUGAAUAUUUAUAUGUAUAUCUUUGGUGUGCUUAAAUCAUUCCCAUUACAUAGAUUUGGUCCAGUAAGGUUCUUUUUGCUUAUUGGUGGUGCAUUGGCUACCAUACCAUUCAAUAUUAUUAUUGAAAAUGUUGCUGUGAUUUGGGGAGUGUUAGGUAAAAAGCACAAAUUUUAUAUAGUUAACAAGGAAAUUAAGAUACCAGUGACUGUAUGA